GGCACCAAUUGGUCCCCAGACGCCAAAAGUACAAGGCAGACUCCCAUGAUGAAUCGUCUGCCUCCUUGGUGUACUUUGGUCCAUAGGACAUGGCCAAGGAUCUCUUUUUCUCCCUCGUCUGGGUAUAUACCUUUUUCAAGAACUCAGUACUCAUUACUUUCCUUGGUGGUACUCUUGCAGAAAAAGUCACUUAUACUAACUCACCUGACAACUACGUUCCAAUGUCAAGAAGCACCGACGUCGCCAGCCUUGCUGGGACGUGGGUAGGUGCUGGAAUUGCCUUGAUGGCCCUCAUAACGAUCAUAGGACCGAUAUUGGUGUGGCGAGCCAGCCUCACGAAACGCCAUAAGGCUCUGGCCGCGAUAGGACGCAGAAACAAUGGAUAUCUGUCCGACGGCGUUCCCUUCUGGCCUGGCAUCAGGUUCUUCCGAGUUCUACGGAUGCCCAAUACGGCUGUUCCCAGAAACUUCACCGACGAAGAAUGGGGAGAUUUUGACCUCUCUAGGUUAAAGGUAUGUCCAGAGUCUCCAGCAACCUGGGUCCAGUUCGGCGCUUGUCUUCAAGUUUACGGUCUGAAGAUGAAAUGUACAAAAGAAAGCACUAUGUACGAAGACUCUUUCGUCCUGCCCGUACAUCGGUCUUACUUGUUCAACUUUCUCGUCCUGGGACGCUACCGGGAGAAGAAGUCGAAGAAAAGUUCUCAUUCAUUGGGACAACGCCGACCGUCAAUCCGUCUCACUCUCGCGCAGACAUUUUCCCGGAGUUCACUGGAUAACUAUAACGUGUCGCUUCAUGGCAUGACAGGAACAUUGUCUUUUGAAAAGCGGUCGAGUUACAGUUCUGAGCUUACUGGGAGAGUGGAAUUCAUUCGAAGCUUGGAAGCCUGUGAGAGUCAUAUUCCGAAAGACAAGCUAUCACGGCUGUCGAUGUUACUUCUUAUGCAUGGGUUUCUCUCUCUUCCAUCUGGGAACCAUAUUUGCUGUAUUAUUGGCGAGUACGAUCAUCACCAAGAGGCUGGAGACGGUGAUAGUUCAAGUGAAUCAGACCAUGUGCUGCUGUCUCCAGGUCCUAAACGGCGGUGGAGCUGGAAGCGGGAAACACCCCCCCUGCGGGUCGAAUCUGCUCCAAUGCAGGUUGAUGUUCUUCACCCAAUGGAGUCGACCCCGGACGUGCAACAAAAGCUACUUGAGCUGGCCGGUAUGACCUUUGUGCCCCCAGCAGAGCCUUACGUCCGUGUCUACACCGAUGAACCUGGGCAGUCUUCACGAACUCGGACCAACCCUUCGGAGCUGACUGAGUGGGAUUUGGCCUUCCUCAAGCGAGAGUCCGCCCGACUGUUUGCUUUCGCCCUUCUAACCAUGCCGUGGAGUCCUCUGAAUUACGUUCUAAGCAAAGGAGACCGCAAGAGCCUCAUAGGCGUCAUGCUGAGCGAAGCAGGCCCGAGCUGCGUCAGACUUUUGCUCCGUCUGAAGAAGGACCCGGGCAUCAUUAGUAUGGAGUCUGGAAACUCCGCGGCCUUCCUCGCCGCCGUCGACAAAGCCUUGAAUGGCAAGUUUGCGGUCCCAGAACUGUACGAGCUCGAUGAAGCUCUCGCCUCACUGCAGCAUGAGGUCCCUGAAAUACCGCUGAUGGUCGGUGUACUGGUCCUGACCAACCAGGAGUAUCGCGAUCUGAUAUACCAAUCGACCCGGCACCUCGACAAAAUCGCAAAGCCCUCGGAUGUGGAAACCGUGUUCAACCUCGACACUGGCAAUGUCACCGUGUCGGGCCCCUUUGGGGUGAAACACGUCUUUGUCGUUGACCAAGGAGAACUGUUGAAACACCUGCCAGGUCACACUGCGGGCCAACGCCGGGUCUUCCGGAUCGACCAUGCCACCAUAUUGUUGGCUGCCGUCAAGGCACACCUCCGGAGUCUGCUGUUUUCGGAAUGCAUCGAUGGGUCCGACAUCCAGAAGGUGAUGAAUUGUAAAGAGGAUAUCUACUUGAUGUCUUAG